UUCUCCAACAACAACAACAACACUAUUCUGUUUUUCUUUUUACUUUCACCAUGUUCUCCUCCUCUUCUCACUCAAGCAAGCCGACUGGCUCGACCCACUUUGGCCUCAAGACGUUUCUCAAGGCAGCGGCGACCUUUUUGGUACUUUCUCAGGCCGCCAUGCAGGCUCAAGCUGGAGCAUGCGAGUCCAUCAGGCUGGAUAUUAUGACCGACUGGACGUCAGAUACACAGGUGAAGCCUGGGUACAUUGCACAGUUCUGGGAAAGCCCUGAAUACCGUACGGCAUUAAGUGGUAGACUCGGUGUGUAUGAAUGGUCACAGGACCGCAAGUUGAUGCUCUUUGUCAACCUCAAGAUGAACGAUCCAAAGAAGCAUUCGUAUGGGGUGGUGAAUAUCAAUUUGGAGUACAAGGGUCGUCCUUAUGGUUUUGAUGUGCCCAGUCAGACCACUUUCAAUGGCAACGGACGUGUUGAUAGAUUUGACGGUUGCGUCCCUUUAUAAUCAAGUGAUCACUUGGAGAGGAAAUAAGUGAGGAGGAUUUAACGACUAUAAUUCAACACAGUUGCAUGUUUAAAAAAAAAGUGACUCCUUUGCGCCUUUUUCUUCCCUUGCAUUUGUCUCCUCAUCUUUUACUCUUUCCAAUCCUUUUGCCUUCCUUUCUCUAUUGGUUGUCAGUAUUAAAAUUUAAAUAUAUUUAUAUAGACAAAUAUGCUAUUGGAAUAAAAUGUAUUCUGCG